AUGUCCUCCCAGAAGAUUGAUCCCGCAACCUGGACUCACGUUAGACCGACUGAGAUCAAGACGUAUCACCGAACAACGUAUGAUCGUAUCUCGCCAUCAAACACACUGAACGGAAAAGGCAAGACAGUAUUGAUCACGGCCGGAGCUGUUGGCAUUGGCUUCGCCAUUGCUGAGUCUUUCGCAAAAGCAGGCGUAGAACGCCUUGUCCUCAUCCAACGACGACAGGACGCACUGGAAACGGCGAAGCAGGCCAUCGAAUCCAAGUACCCGAAUACCAAGGUCACACCUUAUGCGGCUUCCGUCACCGACUACGACCGCAUCUCUGCAAUUAUGAAGGAAGUCGGCAAGAUCGACGUUCUCGUCCCCAAUGCCGCCAUGAGCCAUCCCUUCGUACCAAGCAAGGACGUCACUGUCGACGAUUUCAAGGCGACUUUCGAUACGAAUGUCGUCGGCGCCUUUCACAUCAUCAAAGAGUUCCUCGCGGUUGAGUCGUCAGGCCCGCGACAAGUCAUCUUGACCUCUUCUGCAGCUGGUCAAAUAACCAGUCCUGGCAACGUAGGCUACGGUCCGAGCAAAGCGGCCGCAAGCCAAUUGGUUCAGCAUUUCGCUGCGGAGAACCUCGACACAAAUGUUACCAUUCAAGCCUUCCAUCCGGGUGUGAUUUACACAACAAGCGUCGCAAAGCUGGCCCCUGAAGGGGCUUUCGAGUGGGAAGAUCUUACCUUGCCCGGAGACUUUGCUGUUUGGCUCGCCAGUCCCGAAGCAGAGUUUCUGGCUGGCAGAUUCGUGUGGGCGCAGUGGGAUGUGGACGAGCUCCUUGGAAUGAAAGAGCGCAUAGCCGCAAACCCAGCUUUGCUGACCACGACUGUUGUCUUGUAA